UUUAUUUUUGUCGUUCUCCAACACACUGCAUCAUGGUAAAAGCUAAGAAGUAUGUUGUUAAAAGACAUUUCGAGGGUGUACCGAAACGUGACGAUUUCGAUAUUAUAGAAUACGAAUUACCACCUCUUAAGAAUGGCGAAGUACUUGUGAAAACGGAAUGGGUAAGUGUUGAUCCAUAUCAACGAGCUUACAAUAAUAGAUAUCCAGUACCUUACGAUCAAUUUGGAUUUCAAUUAGGAGUAGUUGAAGAUUCUAAGGAUCCACGAUUUCCAGUUGGUACUAAAGUUGUUUCUCAUAAGGGCUGGUGUACUCACAGUAUCGGUAAUGCAAGUGAACCGAAGUCUGUUAUGGAUGUUAUAUAUAAAGCUCCUGUGUUAAAAGGUCUAUCCCCAUCUUUAGCCAUUGGAACAGUCGGUAUGCCGGGAGCCACGGCUUAUUUUGGAUUCCUGGAAAUCUGUCAACCAAAACAAGGAGAUACAGUUGUUGUUACAGGAGCUGCAGGUGCAGUUGGCUCGAUUGUAGGACAAUUAGCCAAAAUCAAAGGAUGCAAAGUUAUUGGAUUUGCUGGUUCAGAAGAUAAAGUUGCGUGGUUAGAAAAAGAAUUGGGUUUUGACAAGGCAUACAAUUACAAAACUGUUAACGUACAUGAAGUGUUACAAGUUGCAGCGCCGAACGGUGUUGAUUGUUACUUUGAUAAUGUCGGUGGAGAAAUAAGUAGUAUCAUAAUAAGCCAUAUGAAUACAUUUGGAAGAGUUGCUGUCUGUGGUAGUAUCAGUGCUUAUAAUGACAACGUACUUGAGCUGCCGAAAGCACCCAUCUUGCAGAUUCAUCUUGUGAAAAGUCAAUUAAAGAUAGAGGGAUUUUUAGUACACCGUUGGGUAAAUCGUUGGUCUGAAGCAUUCGCGGAUCUUAGUCGAUGGAUACUUGAAGGAAAAUUGAAACCAAGGGAACAUGUGACGGAAGGUUUCGAUAGAAUCUAUGAUGCCUUUGUCGGCAUGCUAGCAGGCGAAAAUACCGGAAAAGCGGUUGUGAAACUUUGAUCACCAGCUUAUUUAUUAGUAUGAGUAACGAUAUUAAAGUUAUCAUUAUUUGAUAA